ACCUCACUGACAGCUGGCGAGGCGGGCAGUGCGGAUCGAGACAGAAGGGGGAGUGUUAAACGUAGCUUUUCUAGACAGUAUUUUCAUGAUGGUCGAAUCACAGGGCCCUCCCAGCCGCCCUGCCCGGCCCGCCAAGCCCCAAAGUGCAGGCAAGACGCAGAAGGAGGCGCUGGAGGUGGUCAACGAGGAGAUUCUGACCCUUUAUGAGCUGCUCGAGAGACAAGGGCUAACAGGGCGGCAGUGGGAGGAGGUGACGCAGCCGCUGGUGGACGCAGUGAACAAGGCGAGUGUAAGGAGGCGCCUCACCGUUGUCUGCAGAGCCUUUAUCAUCACCACGGCGCUCCUCCUCUUCUUCUAUCUCCUUCUUCAGGUGUCGUGGGUGCAGAAGAUUGGCACUGUGGUAUUCCGGAACUUCCUCCUAAUGCUGCUGCCUCGCUGGGACUGGACUCGCAUUUACUACUCUGACUGCUUCAUCACCAAUCCCUACUACGUGAGCCGCGCCCUGCUGGAGGAGGACUGUAAUGUGUGUGAGUCCCUGGAGCGUCUAGAUCGCCUGGCCAACGUGUCGUCUCUGGUGGUGUCGGAGGAUUACCUGAAGAAUGACGUGCCCUUCAUAGUGACAGAUGCCAUGGAGGACUGGCCCGUCAUGAACACCGACGACUUCUGGUUCGAUAACGUCACUGAGAUGUACCUUGGGGAGGAGCUGAAGGGAGUGUACCCGUGUGAGCUGACCUCCAACCUGCGCCUGCGUCCUGACGACCUACGCACCUUCCUCAAGAAAAUACACAACCCUGACAUUCACCGCUGGUAUGGACACUGGGAGAACUGCAACAAGAAGGCAGCCAAGGCACUCCGUCAGCUGUACCGCCGGCCCUACUUCAUCCCGCACAUGGUGGACCUCUCAGACUCCAACUGGGUCCUCAUCUCCUCAGACUUCAAGGGCAAAGUGUACAAGGAGGUGAACUUCCAGACGGAGCUGCUGUGGGUGGGGCAGGUGCGGGGGUGGAGUCGCAUCAGGCUGGUGCCCCGGGAACCCUGCGACUCCUUCUGUCCUGAGCUGCUGGACGACCUGCUGGAGGGACAGAUGGUCAUCGUCACCAAUAUGCUGUGGAAGUUUGAGUACAUCCCCGGGGAACACACAGACAACCUGGCUGUGGCUGUGGGUGGCUUCUGGACCUAGCUCACCCCGGGCCAACUCUCACACACGUCCGAUAAGGAAAAGUUUAAUAAUCGUCAAAGUAUUAGCGAUAUAUAAAGUAUCCGUUUAAGUAUUUGUUUGUGUGAUUAGUGGAGUGUUGAUUGGACGCUUCACUCUGGGCUCUCUAUCCUGUGUGUCAUCGAGCACCUUCGCCUUCAAGAAUGACGGAAAGGGAAGGUUGAAAUUGAUGUCUUUGUUAAGUAAGUCAUGAAGAGUUUGUGGAUCUGAUACUUUUCUCAUUUGCUCUCUAUGGAAGUCAAAGUUGUUGUUUUUCUGUUAGUUUUUUUUUUAACUGAGCUUUUAUUGUUAUCUUCAUGUUUUGCUUCAGAUGAAAGCAUUAGUACCAUAUGUGAUUUAUCUUUUAAUAUCUUAAGAUUUUUCAUACGAAUUCAUCAUUAUUAUUAUUAUUAUUACAGUUCAUUUCACAGGUUUUCAAUGGAGAGUAUUUACCAUUAAUCAUUAUUUUAUCCAUUACAUGUACCUUUCAAUGGAGAGUAUUUACCAUUAGUCAUUAUUUUAUCCAUUACAUGUACCUUUUUUCCCAUUCUAAGCUUGAAAGAAUAAUUAACACCAAUUUGCACCAUGAUUACAAGAGGUGUUUGCAGUCAAUCAUUUCAUCCAUUACAUAAUUGCUCUCCGUGAGACAACUUACAACAGUUUACUCCAGUUGUGUUAUGAAAACAUUUACCAUGAGCCAUUACUUCAUCCAUUACUCAUGUUUUGUUCAGCAAGUCAAGUUACAACUCUCCAUCCUCAAUUCAGCAUCAUUGGUUCAUUCAUCGAGUCAUUCCCUCCAUGCAGUGACGCAGUGAGGCGAGCUAGUCAGACGUGCUCCAUUUGUCAUCAAUAGAUUCACUUCUCUCCAGUCACAAGGAGUGUUCCAGAGUUUGUGUUUUCUUUCCUGAGUGAAAUACUAUUAAAAGACAGGCAUAUAUAGUGUUACAUAAUUGACACAAACUUUGACUAGAUUAAGUGAAGGAAUUAUUAAGACUAUUUUUUAGUCAAUAUACACCUCUACAUAAAAGAAAAUUUAUUAGACAAGUAUUUAACCAAGACUUCCAUUAACAUAAAAGAAAAGUUUAAAGUUACCACCAACUUUAGUCACAAUGUCAAACCUCUGAUCUCAUGUGUGUGUGAUAACUAUACCAAGAAAUCAAAUCUCUUCCUUCAACUCUGGAAAUAAACCAUCAUGACAUGUG